GCCACCAUCCCGUCCAUCGCUUUCUGCUUCGUCUGGUCCACCACCCUCAUCAUCUUCCCCCCCCCGACUCUGCCCUCCCCUCAUCACCUUACUUUCCCUGGCUCUUGCUUGAUUGUAUGCUGCUCUCCCACAGCAUCCGUUUCUUGUGAAGCCCCAAGCGACAUUGCCAAUGUACUCAAGACUCUUCGCUCUCUCGGCUCUUGCUUGGCUUUUGGGUCUCUGGAUCAUCGUUCCGCAUGUCUACGCCCAGGAACCCAAUCUCCUUAUAGCCCGUGCAGCCAUAUCCCCGGCUCCCAAACCCGCCGGCUCGUCGCUCGCCAGCACCAAGGGUCCUCCUGCUUCGUCUUCUGCUGUCGAACGCACAUCGUCGGCUGCCCCUCCUCCGCCUCCCGCAUCAUCCGCGCGGCCCGACACAACCACCAAUGCCCCUCCCCAAACAACCACCGAUGUCGUUCAAACGACCCGCUCGGCUCGCCCUCCCCCGCCUCCUCCUGCAUCGUCUGCGACGACCGAGGAUCCUCCUGUCGUAACAACCACCGACCCUGUUCCCUCCGUGGGGCCAAUCACGAGCGAUCCUGCUCCCACAACCACCCGACCCUUCCCUCGCCGCUCAACCAUCACCGGCACCGAUGGCACCCUCAGCAUCGCCCCAAGCUCCUCGGCCACAUCUUUGGUCAACGGGACGCUUCCCUCCCCCAUCCCCGUUGGCGGCAGCAGCGACUCCAAUCUCAACACCAUCGUUAUCGCGAGCGUGUUGGGUCUCACCGGCCUCAUCUUUGUCGGUAUCAUUGUCUUCUCAAAGAAGGUCAAGCUCACCGCCCAUGAGACUCUCAAACGUGUCCAGACCCAGGGGUGGUUUGGCCGACGCCGGUCCCGCUCUGGAUGCUGCCCCGGCUGGCCCUGCUUCCGUCGCCGCCAUCAUCGCCCACAGAGUCAGUCUUCCGCAGAGGCCGUCACCAAUCUCGAUGCAACCGUCAGCCGUCAAUACCAGCCUUUUGGCACCAUGACAUCCCAGCCGCCCCCGGCCUUCGCCAAUGGUAUGAGUGCCUCCGCCCGCAGUUCUCAGGCGCUGUCAACUACCACCGGCUCUGUUGGCUACGAAUACCAAGCGUCGACCCACACAAACUCCCCGCUCCUGCGGCCCAACCACCAGUCCUUCCAGUCAUUCCUUGUUGGCUCCGAGAGAAGCUCUCUCAACAACUGGACGGUUCUCCGUGAGGAUCAUCCAACUCCUCUUGACCGCACUGCGGAGCGCUCCGUGGGCCAAGCAUCUCUACCCAUGGCCUGGAAUACGGACCGUGUUGUCCGUGGUAGAAGCUCUAGCGACGAUGGCGAGGAUCGCGUCCAGGUUAGCGACGACGGCAGCGACGGCAGCGACAGCGACAACCACAGCCAAAGUGACAGUGGCGACGGCGACGAUACCGACAAUGACGCCGACUCUGCCAACUCAGGCGCCGAUGCCGAUGCUGAUGAUGCCGACAUGAGCACAAACAGCAGUUCAUCUGAAUCGGACGAGUCCCAUCCUGACACACAGCAGGCUCUUCGGCAGAUUCUGUUGCGUGAUCGCAGCGCCGUUCCCGUCAUCAGCGAUGGGUAUGGGGCCAGCCCCGCUCGAUCCCGCAACUCGGGCCAGAGCCUGCCUCCGUCGCCACUCAAAGGCAUCCUGGUCAAGAAGGAGCACGGCUCGUCCCGACUCUCGCAAACGUCUACCGAGGGGCUCGCUGCUUCGUCCGGCAGUGCCAUCUACGAAAAGCGUCGCUCGACUGGCUCGGUCGUCAGCUUCAAGACCGACCAAGAAUCCAAUGCUCCUCGAACCGGUCGCGAGUCUACCCAGCCGAUUCUUGCGUCGCUCGCACCCGCAACUACCGCGGUGCGUACCGACCAGCCCACUCAGUACGUCGCCGAGCCAAUGGCCGUCCUAAAGUCGUCGUCGCCAGAGCCGUAUGUCGAGUCUCCGACCUCAGAAACAAGUACCAUGUCUGCUGCCGACAAGAUCCCGUCCAUUCAGCCUCCUGCUCCGUAUGCGGAUCCAACCCCCACGUCUCAGCAGCAGUCGGCCCGCGAUCUUCCCGCCGAGAUCGCCAUCGCUAUGCCCUCUGUCUCUCCCACGACAGUGCCUCCUCGCCGUGCCGUCUCCAUCAAACAGAAGAUCAUGCAAAUGUUUGGCCGGAACUCGAAGCGGCCCGGGGCUGCUCAGUCGGUGCCUGUUGCUCACCUGGAUGCCGAGGUCGAAAAGCCAAGCGACGCUGUGAUCCAGGCCACAAAGGUGGUCGGCAUCGAGCCGCCCCGGCACCACUCUCUGGUUCGGCCUGUGACUCCGCCCCGCACCAUCACGCCCUUGGCCAACUACGAUGAAACCGGCUCCAAGGAGCUUGAGAGCCCGCGAAGCUCCACCUACACCAACUUCUCGAUACCCCACUACUACAGACGCGACAGUCGCCCUCUCUCCAGCUCCAACAUGUCCGUUCCAUCCAAGCACUCGUCAACCCUUGGCUCGAUCCUAUUGAGCGAUACCCUGAUGAGGGGCCACCAGACCCCCUCGCACCCGCCUUCGAGCGUCUUUACAGGCUCAGUCCCAGACAGGAACUCUGCCGACCUCAACGACGCCGCCGUUGACAUCGAUGCUGUCUUUGGCAACGAACUGGGCGAGAUCGACAGCGAUCUGGAGUCCGAAUCCGUCUCGGUCCACAUGGGUUACUGAGCCGGCACUAUCUGAAAGCGCCCCCCCUCUGACCUUGAUCUGGCCCCCCCCCCUUUUGCCCUCACGCAUGCACGUACGCUCCCCCCCCUUCCUUUCCGAUUUCUGUUUUGAUUCUCCUUCAAACAUUAUUUCUGCAUGACCCUCCGCUGGGUCCUUUAGGCCGGGCUAUUGGAGCUGGGAGGGCCGAGUCAAUCGCACCG